AUGGCCUACGAAAAGGAGCUCGAGCUCGCCCUGCUGGCCGUCCAGCGCGCCUCCAUCCUCACAAAGAGCGUCUACUCGUCGCACAGCAAGGGCACCCUGACCAAGACCGACAGCUCGCCCGUCACCAUCGGCGACUUCGGCGCCCAGGCCCUCAUCAUCGCCAGCAUCAAGUCCGCCUUCCCCGACGACGAGGUCGUGGGCGAGGAGGACGCCGACGACCUGCGCGCCAACAGCGACCUCAAGGCCCUCGUCUGGGACCUCGUUCAGGCCGCGAAGCUCUCCGACGCCGCCGCCGAAGCCACCAUCGGCGGCCCCAUCAAGUCCGCCGACGACAUGCUGGCCGCCCUCGACGGCGGCGCCUCCAACGGCGGCAACAAGGGCCGCAUCUGGGCCCUCGACCCCAUCGACGGCACCAAGGGCUUCCUGCGCGGCGGCCAGUACGCCGUGUGCCUCGCCCUGAUGGUCGACGGCAUCCCCACCGUGGGCGUCAUCGGCGCCCCGAACCUCCCCGUCGACGACAAGGCCCCGCUCGACGCCAAAAUCGGCUCCGACGCGUCGUCCGCCGGCAACGGCGUCCUGUUCGGCGCCGUCCGCGGCCACGGCGCCACCAGCCGCGCCCUCACCGCCGGCGCCCUCGCUCCCCCGAAACCUAUAACCAUGUCCCCGCUCCCCGACGUCGCGCAAGCCACCUUCUGCGAGUCCGUCGAGGCCGGCCACAGCUCGCACUCAGACCAAGCCGCCAUCGCCUCCAAGCUGGGCAUCACGCGGCCGUCGGUGCGCAUGGACUCGCAGGCCAAGUACUGCUCGAUCGCACGCGGCGCGGGAGAUCUAUACCUCAGACUCCCAACGAGCAAGACGUACGAGGAGAAGAUCUGGGACCACGCGGCGGGCGUGGUGCUCGUGCAGGAGGCCGGCGGCGAGGUCUCGGAUGCGUUUGGGCGGCCGCUGAACUUUGGCGUCGGGCGCACGCUGAAGGAGAAUAAGGGGAUUAUUGCGGCGCCUAGGUCGGUGCAUGGGCAGGUUAUUGAGGUGGUUAAGGAGGUGCUGGGCGCGAAGAAGGAGUAG